AUCAGAGAGAUAUGGAAGCAGAGGCAACCAACCAACCAUAUAACACUAACAAAAAAAAAACAGCAAGUCAUAAACAGUGACAGCAUGGUUCUGGUCUUACAACCUUGUUCUUCUUCCGUCAGCGUCCUCCACCAUGAUCACCACCACCACCACCACCACCACCACCCCACCCGCAACGCCGUCGUUCGAUGCAGCCUGCAGGAGAUAACAGAGGAGCUAAGUAGCUCGAACCUCAUCCAUUUCCCUCCACUGAAAACGGCGAAGAGGGUGGUGCUGGUGAGGCACGGCCAGAGCACGUGGAAUGCCGAGGGGAGGAUACAAGGAAGUUCCGAUUUCUCCGUUCUCACCAAGAAAGGAGAGUCUCAGGCUGAAACUUCACGCCAAAUGCUCUUCGAUGAUAACUUCGAUGUCUGCUUCUCCAGUCCUCUGGCACGGUCUAAGAGAACAGCUGAAAUCAUAUGGGGACCUCGCCCUGUACCAAUCAUCCCCGAAUUCGAGUUGCGGGAAAUCGAUUUGUACUCCUUUCAGGGUCUACUGAAGCAUGAGGGACAAGAGAGAUAUGGUCCUGCUUUUCGUCAAUGGCAGGUGGAUGCCUCAAAUUUCAUCAUUGAUGGUCAUUAUCCAGUGAGAGAGUUGUGGGAGCGUGCUCGAAGCUCCUGGACUAAAAUCCUAGCUCAUGAUAGCAGGUCUGUUCUUGUGGUUGCUCACAAUGCUGUUAAUCAGGCUCUUGUUGCCACAGCAAUUGGUUUGGGAUCAGAGUAUUUCAGAGUUUUACUUCAGAGCAAUUGUGGUGUAAGUGUGCUGGAUUUCAACCCAAGACCCGAGGGUGGACCUCCACAUAUUUGCCUUAACCGCUUAAAUCAGACACCUGGUUCACCUGUUGCUGGUGGAAAAUCUGGAGGUAGAGAGUCAAGUAAGCGGAUCGUACUGGUUUGUAAUGGAUCUACACAAGGAAAUACAGAGAAUGGUUUUCCUUUUGCUGCUGAUCAACCGAUGAACAUGCUUGGUGUUAUACAGUCCCAGAAAUCUGCAGAGCUACUUCUUGACUUGAAUGUGAAUUCCAUAAUCAGUAGUCCUAACAAAGCUUCUGUUGAGACAGCCACGGCCAUCUCCAAGGUACAAGAAGCUGCUGAUUGCUUAGGUGCUGACUGUGUGCCACGCUAUGUUGAGACAAAGCAGAUGGAGAACCUUGAUGUUGAAACGAUCUUUAAACAAUCCAAAUCGGUUGUAUCCAAUUUUCCACCAUUUCAGCCUGGGUGGUUAAAUAGAGUUGAGGAUGGAUUUAGAACAGCAUUAUGGGACCAAUCUGGAAAAGCCUGGGAAUCCCUGUUGGGUGAAAUACGUGAUGAGUCUAUGUCAGGAGAUGUUGUAGUUGCAGUUGGUCAUCCUAUGAUCCACAUAGCAGUAAUGACACACUGUCUUAAUUUGACCAAAGACUGGUUGGGAUCGUUCCAUCUUGAUGCUGGGAGCGUGAGUGUCAUUGACUUCCCUGAUGGACCUAAGGGAAGAGGUGUCAUCAGGUGCAUAAAUUAUACUGCACACUUGGGGAGAUGGUCCAUCCCUAUUACAAGACCAACAGAGGAUGUUGAAGAAUUCUAACUGUAAAUUUAUUAUUUUAAAAGUAACUUAAAAUGACACCCAGCACCAAAUUUAUAGAGCUACAGAGGUUCAACAUGA